AUGACGACGCCAACACCCAUGAAGCAUACUCUUUCCCAGCAAGGGAGCGGCAAGACACCUUCACAGACACAACAUGGAGCAGCAGCUACCCCUCCUGUGUCAACACCGUUCUCCAUGGCUCAUGCUGCUCUGUCCCCUCACGGUUCCCGUCUGUCUCCGCAGGCAGUUAAGAAAUCCCCGGCCAUCUCGGCCGCUGCCCUGCUAAACCAUCCUACCAGCAACAGCGCCGUCAGCUUUGAUAGCCCCUCUGCUGCCGCUGCCUUUAGCAACCUGCAGCUGUCUGAGCUGGAUUUCAAGAGCAUGGGUGGUCUAGCUGGCCUUCAAGUCGGAAGGAAUACCGACGAUGAAAAGGCCAAACGUCUAGAUGAAGUCAUCUCCAUCCUCAGCCAAAUCCGCGGAUAUGUUAGCGAGGCCGGCCUCGAGAGACUGGCCAGAAAGCUAGGACUGGACUGCAUGUGGGAUGAGCAUAUUGCCGGAGAGUCGAAGCGAACCCUUAUCAUAGCUGGUUCGGCCCUCGAGCUUCUCAUAGGCUUUACAGACAACAUCGUCCAGUCACUUGCUUUGGCCUUUCCCGAGUCUUCGGAUAGUGUCAACAAGCACGCCGAAGAUGCAGGAAAGAUUCUUCUGGAGAACCUCAAGUUGCAGCCCGGCCAAAGCCCACUGACCAAGCAGCUCGACAAGUUCUCUGUCAACUUUGAGCGUCUGGCCAUCUUGGAUAAGCUGAGCAUCGCCUCGGUUCUUAACUUGUACGAAGCUAUUGCCGGAGUUUACGACAGCCUGAGCCGGUUGCAUCAAUGGGAGCUGCAAAAGAUUCGUGAGGAUGCGUCUCUUGCCGGACGGAGCGAUGAAUAUCUUCGCAACAUCGUCCUUUGCACACGCAGCGGAACUCCUGCUAUGAACGCCAGGGGCAAAGUAGGCAUGAGAAUUGACUAUUGGAAGGACAAGUACCUUCAGCCCCCAACAAACCCACAGAUGGCCACCUAUGUUGAGAAGCACGAAAAGAUCUGGGGAAUCCUUAUCGGAUGUGCCCCUAUCAACAUGGAUCUCGACGUGAACGUCCAUCCGGUUCGGGUUUCUUCCCAUUGGAUCUCUGAGAGUGUUGAGAGACCUCAUAUUCCUGGAGAUCUACAAACGGGUCCUGUGGUUGACUGGCUGGAGCCCCAAGAUACACUCGUUCCACCAGAUCCUGAAAAGGCUGGGGAUUCUCUGCUUGGCCCGCGCCUGCCGUCGGUCACCUUCAGUGCCACUUUCGAUCCUCCUAUGCCUAUAUCUCUCGGUCUCUGGGAACAGCUUCGGAGUAUGGGCAUCGGGAUACCACCCAUGGAGGAGAGAAAGGCCUUUGACCUCCUCGUGUUCCCAAUGGCACCCGGUGGCUACUAUGACCCGUCUGAACUACGGGAAAUUCACUGCACCAAAUACAUCAACUACCAGUUGCCAGGCUCACCAGCUUGGAAUUCAAGGAAACACGCCAACUCGCUCUAUAUCUAUAAGAACGUAUACGGCAAGACCUUGGCCGAGGCCUCCUUCUCGCACCCGCAGCAGCUCAUCGCUAUGUUGCCCUACCUCAGGCAAUACGCCUUCCUCUCCACCCUCCUAGAAAACAGUUUCAAAGAAGACACCGGCCCCAAACGGACUCCUCCUCAGACCACGGUCUAUUCAGACUCCCUAUCCAAAAAGACCACCACCAACCGUGACGAAUUCGACCGCUUCAUGAGCCUCUCCCCCGCCACCGUCAAAUCUCCCAGGAGCGAUGCUCCAACACCAAUGGACAUCUCCAAGUCCAUGUCGAUCGACCCCGUCUCCCAACCUAAUCACCCCCAUCCCAGCGGCACCGUCCCAAUGUCCAUCGACGGCGCCUCCCAGGCUCAGCUCCUCCCCUCCCAAGCCGCCCACUCCCAACCCACUUCCCACCUCAACACCCAAGUCCCUCCCACCGGCGGGCCCAACCCUAGCACCCACACCUUCCCCAACAGCAGCCACACCCCUGCCUCCGGACCCUCUGGCCCAGAACCAGAAGCAAUAAAAAUCGACAUCAAUCUUACCAUGGUCCAUGCUCCCCGGUUGCAAAUCGCCUUCCCCUUCCGCGCCUCCGAGACCGCCAUCGUUGUGCUCGAAAUCCGCGAGAACGGCCAGGUACACGUGGAGUCGCAGAACGUGCUGGACGAGCGGAACACGGUAGCGCCGAAUGGAAGGGAGAGAAGACCGGAAGAUUUGGGUAAGAUGUUGGAGACGGUGGAGGAUAUUGGGAAGUGGGUGGAGUUUAUUCGGACUAGGUGGGCUUAA